AGGGAAAACCUGUCACUGUCACUCUGUCUCUUGAGGGCCUGAGGUCCACGCCCCUGUUCACCGCACUGAGGCAAUCUGAGAGAAGGAAGUGGGGCAGAUUUGUGGAGAGCACUGAGCAGCGGCUUCCAGGGCCAGCUCACACGUAAAAGCUUCCUGCGAUGAGAACGGAAACACAAGUGCUGUCCCCACCUCGGCAGCCCCCAGAGCUGGGGCCCGAGGGAAGCCAUGGACAGGCCCCGGGCCCUGGGCCUGCUCUUGGCGCUGCUGACUCUCUGCAUCACGGCUGGUGAGUGGGGGCCUGCGGAGAAGCAGAGGCCACGGGGGCGGAUGGAGAACCCGCCUGGGCCCUUCCUAUGCCUGUGCCCCACAGGGACCCCUGAGGUGUGGGUGCAAGUUCAGAUGGAGGCCACCGAGUCCCCGUCCUUCACCGUCCGCUGUGGAUUCCUGGGAUCUGGCUCUAUAUCCCUGGUGACUGUGAGCUACGGGGGCCCCGAUGGUGCUGGAGGAACCAUGCUGGCGGUGUUGCACCCAGAAUUCGGCACCCAGCACUGGGCCCCUGCCUGCCAGGCCCACUGGGAAACCAGAACCAGCAUCUCCCUCACCCUGGAAGGGUCUGAGGGGAGAAGCUCCAGUCCCAACACCACCUUCUGCUGCAAGUUUACUUCCUUCCCCGAGGGUUUCCAGGAGGCCUGUGGGAACCUCUCCCUCAGCACAGACCAAGGGCUCCCUGCUCCAACGCCAGCCCCCAUGCUGCGGGCCGACCUGGCUGGGAUCUUGGGGGUCUCGGGGGUCCUCUUCUUUGGCUGCAUCUGCCUCCUCUACCUCCUGUAUCGACAAAGGCACUGGUCUAUCAUGAAGCUUCAGCCACCCAGACACAGGGGCCCCCAGACACAGAGGCCAGCAAGCGUGAGGAUCAGGGGGUCGUUUUGGAGAGGGGAGCGGAGCGGGCGGGAGCUGGGACGCCGUGAGGCCGAGCCUCACUUGGAUCUCCUUCCGCGUCACCCCUGCAGGCAGCCGGCCAAGCCUCCCGGACCUCUCUCCACGUCCCCUACGCCACCAUCAACACCAACUACUUCUGCCCAGAAACUCUGGCCCGGGUCCUCCCGCCCCAGCCACUGCGCGGGUGGGCGCCGCCCCCCACCCGCGCGGUGCGCCGCCCCCAGAGCGCCGCCCCCUGGGCGCCACUGGCCACCUCUGCGCGCGGCAGCUUCGUCUUGGUCGAGAACGGACUCUAUGCUCCGGCAGAAAGGAGGCCUCUCCACGCCGGCCCCUACCUCCUCCCUCACCCUCUUGGGCGCAGAGCCAUGGAGGGUCGUUUAGGAGUUCGAUAAGAGGGACCCUAAGUCCACGCCGCCUUUCUCCCCUCCCGGACGCCUGGGAUCCCCUUCUGUUUGGUGUGUGUCCUGGGUGCCCACCGUCUUUGCACAUCUUGCUUUAUUCCAGUAAGUGUCUUCACGCGUACCGGGCCCGGGCCCACUUGCCGCGGAUGUGGUCAGCACGUGGGUACGUGUGGGCGCAGGUGUGUAUGUGAGAUGACAAACCCCAUCUCAGGUUGUUUCCUGUUUUCGAGUCCCCAACCCUCCCAGGUGAGGUCAAAACUAAGUAAAGAAAAAUGAUUUCUCUCA